AUGUCGAGCGACGACGACAUUGAUUCCCACCACAGCAAUGGUGUCACCGAGGAUGCAGGCGGAGCGACACUAGAAAAGCAAAGCACGGCGGCGUCAGGUCUGUCGGUUUUCGAGCAGCGAGCACAAUCAGUAGUGUCCCGCAUUCGGAGUCGGGAACCUGGUCAAACGGCGCGAUUCACUCAUCCUCUAACGCACACCAAGACGACCGCCGAUGUGGUGGUUGAUUUUGAAGGCCCCGACGAUCCGUAUAGGCCAGUUAAUUGGGGAUUUAAGAAGAAGGCCGUGACAACGGUGUUGUAUGGGUUGACCACUAUGGGUUCAACGUGGGCGAGCUCAGUCUUUUCAACCGGUCAGAUACAAGUCGCCAACCAAUACGGCGUCUCAGUAGAGGUAUCGACUUUGGGCACCACAUUGCUCUUGUUCGGCUUAGGCUUGGGACCGCUUGUGUGGGCACCUCUAUCGGAGGUAUAUGGGCGCAAACCCGCCGUGCUGGCGCCGUACUUCAUUGCGGCUAUCUUCUCAUUUGGCACCGCAACGGCCAAAGACCUGCAGACGAUUAUGAUAACGCGAUUCUUCACUGGCUUUUUCGGCUCAGCCCCCGUCACCAACACUGGAGGUGUUUUGGCCGAUAUUUGGACGCCUGAGCAGCGCGGCGCUGCCAUCGUCGGGUAUGCCAUGGCUGUCGUUGGCGGGCCUGUCGUGGGUCCGAUAGCAGGUGGUGCCAUCGUGGAAAGCUUUCUUCGUUGGCGAUGGACCGAAUACAUUACUGGCAUCAUGAUGAUGUUCUUUCUGCUCCUUGAUAUUAUCUUCAUCGACGAGAGCUACCCGCCCGUGCUCCUAGUCUACAAGGCACGCCGCCUCCGGUUCGAAAGCGGAAACUGGGCUCUUCAUGCCCGCCAUGAGGAAUGGGAUGUAACCAUGAAAGAGCUGGGCAACAAGUACUUGAUACGACCGUUCCAGCUGCUAACCACGCCAAUUUGUUUCCUGGUGGCACUGUAUGCGUCCUUCGUGUACGGCAUUCUGUACCUGAGUCUGGCUGCGUUCCCGAUCGUGUUCCAAGAAGUGCGAGGCUGGAACCAGGUGGUUGGUGCCCUGCCAUUCCUGGCAUAUCUAGUCGGCAUCCUUAUAGGCGCCGUGGUCAACCUCACCAACCAACGCUUCUAUAUCAAACGAUUCAAAGCGAACAACAACCGGCCUGUCCCUGAAGCUCGCUUACCCCCGAUGAUGCUUGGCUCUGUGCUGUUCGCUGCGGGUAUGUUCGUCUUCGGUUGGACCAGCCCUAAACACAUUCACUGGAUUGCUCCUAUCAUCGGCGCCGUUAUGAUGGGCUUCGGUUUCUUCACCAUCUUCCAGGCGGCGCUGAAUUACCUCAUCGAUACCUUCCAGGCAGUCUCUGCCAGUGCUAUUGCCGCCAAUACCUUUUUACGCUCGUUAUUCGCCGGAUGUUUCCCACUCUUCACCAACGCCAUGUUCCACAACCUCGGUGUUCCUUGGGCUGCAAGUAUCUUGGGAUUUGUCUCUAUUGCUCUCAUCCCGAUCCCUUACCUGUUCUACAUCUUCGGAAGACGGAUUCGAGCUCGCGGGAAAUGGUCACGUCCGUCACUUUAG